AUGGGUAGUUUGUAUUCAGAGUCGCUGAACCAGAUCUUUCCCAAUCCUCAUAGCGAGGCGCCGGCUCUCAAUCCCGGUAUCAAGGGCCAAUCUUUGUCUGCUCCACCCCGAAUUGAAAUCAAGAGCGAAUCUUCAGCCAAAAAUUACAAUUUGACUCGUAUGCCUCCAAUCCCAACCGGUCAAUCUCGUCGCGUGCAAAUUGAAGAAGGUUCAGCAGUAUCUGAGAGGGACAAUGAUAUAGACUGGACCCGGAAACGCAUUGCGUCUGCGGAACUCAAACCGAGUGUGAAGCAUGUCAAACUCGAAGUGAUGAAAUCAUUUGUAGAAGUUGUUUCAGUGAUCCCCGCUCGUAAAACAAAGACCAAGCUGUCUAAUAAGAAAACUCCACGAUCAAUUUCACAAUCAAAAACCAUGUCUGGUGGAGUUCUUGGAGUUAGUGAUGUUGAUACCCAGCCUCUGAAGCGUCCCAAGGUUCAGGCGAUGUCAACGGAACCAGCAAACUCGAGCAUUUGCAAGAAAGCUUGA